ACACGCCCUUUAAUGAUGAAAUCGCAUACCUCAAAGCCUUCUAGUUAGUCAUUAUCAUAAUCAAAACAUACAAAAACCAUAAAAGUCACGUGUAUGUAUCAGUAUUUUUAAAAAUCCUGGGUAAAACCCCGAGUGUGUUUGAAGUUUGCAUUAGCAGCCUGCAAUGACUACUAGAGGCUUUUAGGGACAGAAAUUCCUCAUAGUCUGGUGAGGGAGCUCUGUGAUACUUGGGCAUGAAGCUCCUAUAAAGUCUGGAAAAGCUUCUCUGAGUACACACAGGCGGUUGAUUUGUGUUGUCUGGGUUGGAUGAUUGCAGCAUGUUGUAGCUCCGCCCUCGAUUAUUCAGCCUGGCCGACGUGCUGUUGCUGCGCAGCAAGCGAAGGCAGAAGCGUCCGAGGCGGAUCGGAGGGAGGCUGGAGGAGCACAGAUUAAUGUUGUUGUAGCGGAAAAAUACCGUCGCUCCAGUUCCACACACGGCAACCUCUGGAUUAAAAAACACCGCAGUUUCCUCCAGGAUCUGGACCAAGAGGGGAGGACCGCAUUGAACAGGGGAUACAAACGGGGAUUUUUUUUCCUCACAACUGCGAGAAGUUUGUUCGCGGAGUUUCAGGAGUAGUUUCGGGUGGGCUGCCCGCUGCGCUUCUCUCUGCCCCCGGCCAGCCUGCCAUAAGUUAGCCCGCUGUCCUGCUCUUCUCCUGCCAGCUGCGGUGAAUCAUGGCGCUCAGAGCCAGGGCGCUGUAUGACUUCAACUCCGAAAACCCUGGAGAGGUGUCGGUGCGGGAGAACGAAGUCCUCACUUUGUACAGCGAACAGGACAUUGAGGGCUGGUUUGAGGGGGUGAACAGCAAAGGAGAGAGGGGACUGUUCCCCGCUUCCUACGUGGAGGUGCUGAGGAGCGACGCCGCCUCCACGUUCAACAACAACAGCUGCAACACAUCUGGGGACACUUACCCGGACUCCCGUUACGCCAACAUCCCACCAGAAGGUUUUGACGGCUCUUAUAAGCCUCAGAAUAAAGUUGAGAACUUUCCAAAGCCGUCUCCUCCUGGUUUCACCUCUUUCCCAGCCCCCACACAACAACAACUACAGCAGCAUCCUCCACAGCAGCAGCACUCUUACCAUCAGCCCAGCCAAGGCAGUGAUGAUGACUGGGAUGAUGACUGGGAUGACAGCUCCACUGUGGCGGACGAGCCGGGGACUGUGGGAGGAAGGUAUCAUGACUUUGAAGGCAACGGGCCAUCCACUUACAGGGUGUCAACGUCCUCGAUGCAACGAGGUAACGCACAGCAAGCAAAGAGCUCUGCCACAGUCAGCAGAAACCUGAACAGGUUCUCCACCUUUGUGAAGUCAGGAGGGGAGGCGUUUGUGCUCGGGGAGGCAUCAGGAUUUGUGAAGGACGGGGAUAAGAUCUGCGUGGUGAUGGGUCAGUAUGGUCCAGAGUGGCAGGAGAACCCGUACCCCUUCACCUGUACAAUUGACGACCCCACCAAACAGACAAAGUUCAAGGGCAUGAAAAGCUACAUCUCCUAUAAGCUGACACCCACCCACACGCAGAACCAAGUGAACAGGAGGUAUAAGCACUUUGACUGGCUGUACGCUCGGCUGGUGGAGAAAUUCCCAGUUAUCUCAGUGCCCCAUAUCCCGGAGAAGCAGGCCACCGGGCGCUUUGAGGAGGACUUCAUCUCCAAGAGGAGGAAAGGCCUGAUAUGGUGGAUGAGCCACAUGACCAGCCACCCUGUCCUGGCCAAGUGUGAUGUUUUCCAGCACUUCCUCACCUGCAACAGCACAGACGAGAAGGCCUGGAAGCAGGGUAAGAGGAAGGCAGAGAAGGACGAGAUGGUCGGGGCGAACUUCUUUCUCACCAUCAGCACCCCCGCGGCUCCGCUUGACUUUCAGGAGGUGGAGAGCAAAAUAGACGGAUUCAAGACAUUCACCAAAAGGAUGGACGACAGCACCUUGCAGCUCAACGCCACUGUGGGCGAGUUCGCCCGCAAGCAGAUCAGCGGCUUUAAGAAGGAGUAUCAGAAAGUAGGGAUGUCAUUCAAGGUCCUCAGCCAAGCCUUUGAAAUGGACCAGCAGGCGUACUCUGCUGGACUCAACCAGGCCAUUUCCUUCACUGGGGAUGCGUAUGAAGCCAUUGGGGAGUAUUUUGCUGAGCAGCCCAGCAAGGAUCUUGACCCAAUCACAGAUUUGUUAGCUCUAUAUCAGGGUCACCUGGCAAACUACCCAGACAUCAUCCACGUACAGAAAGGAGCCCUGACGAAGGUCAAAGAGAGCCAGAAGCACGUGGAGGAGGGCAAGAUGGACCGGGCGCAGGCGGAAGGCAUCAACGAGCGCUGCAACAUCAUCUCCUGCGCCACGCUGGCUGAGAUCCAGCACUUCCACCAGAUCCGUGUGCGCGACUUCAAGGCGCAGAUGCAGCACUACCUACAGCAGCAGAUCGCCUUCUUCCAGAAAAUCACCGGCAAGCUAGAGGAGGCCCUGCAGAAAUACGACAACGCGUAACGGAUCGCUCGCGGCAGCCCGUCGGUGUAGACCUUGGUGAUCAAUGGCCAUGCGCCUCCCUCGGCCAGCCAGUGGCGUCGUUUGGCGGAGAACAGCCAGAAAUCACACACCGCUGAAUGCUGUUCAUCCAGCAGGGAGGGACAUUCAAGGAGAUAACGCUCCAAUAAUAAUAAAAUUUCAACCAAAUCCAGGGUUCUGUGUGUGUUGGCCACAUUUUUUUUUGGGGGGGGGGGGGGGGGCUGGAUGUCCUUAAUUAAGAAAGGACACUUAAUACAACAAAGUCAGGCCAACUUUUAAGACUUUUUAUGCCUUCAGAUUUGAUAGGACUCAAUGAUAAUGAUGGUGCACCACUUGGGGAAUAAAAUCUAAUCAAUGUUAUGACCUGCAGAGAGAGAACCUUUUAUCCGCUGCUGCAAGAUCUCAUAUAUCAAGUGUUUUUUUUGUUUUUUUUAGCCUUAUAACACUGUUUUUAACUGACUAUUGAAGUGACUGCCACUCCAGGAGCAGCCAUGCUCUCGUGGCUACCACACUGCCUUCUGGAAACACUCAAGCCCUUCCUGGUAUCUCUCUCUCUCCUCCUCGACAAACAGGACAAAAUGUUUACAGUCUCCACGCUGAGCAGCCACCGUCACCACUGUCUCGCUGUGCCUUCAGAUUACGUCUCUCUGGUCAUUUUUUGUUACUAGAUACUAAAAAAAAAGCUUUAUAUACUGUAUAUGUAGAAAUAUAUUCUAUUUGUUUUUACAAAGCUACAAAUUUUGCAGUCUUUGAAAAUAAAAAAAAAAGAGCACUGUGCUUUGGACGAGAGCAGUGUCGGGAGAUAAUAUUGUUCGAUUGUGCCGUUUUCCCAGAGGACCCCGGGAUUUGAUUUUCAGCGCACGCACACACGCACACAGUGUGACAAAGUCAGGAUCAAGAGAGGAUUACCUGCUUUGACGAGAGGAACCCAUGCCUUACACAUGGCACAGCCAGUACUGUCGCUGGUUUUAAGCUUUCAGAAUGGUAGGGAUGAGUGUAAUGAACACUUUCUAUGCCUGAUACCUGAAUUUGUGUCGAGAAAAAACCGUUGGUUAGUUUUGGGAUAGUGUCAGAGGAAGGCUGUUUAGAGGGUAGAGGGUUCCUCAUCUGUUUUUAUUAAUGCAGUCUUUCUAAUAGACAGUUCAACCGUUUUUAACCUUCAUGAUGUUGGUUGCAUCAUGAAGAGAUUGAUGUAGAAGCAGAGAAGCAAAAUAAAUUUCACAGAAAGCUG